AGUCCAUCAUGAUUUCCACGACGACGACGACAGUUACCAGCAGCCUUCAGCUAAAGCCCAACAUUGGUGUCUUCACCGAUCCGCAACAUAAUCUUUGGAUCGAUUCUGCAUCUCCGUCAGUGGAGGAGAUUCAGCGAGGUGACACUCUUGCGCCUGGGGAAGUCGUCGUGCAAGUUCGCAGUACAGGUAUCUGUGGAUCAGAUGUGCAUUUCUGGCAUGCGGGGCGCAUUGGCCCUAUGAUCGUCGAGGACAAACACAUUCUAGGUCAUGAAUCGGCUGGUGAGAUUGUCGCAGUCCAUGAAUCUGUAAAGCACCUCAAACCUGGCGACAAGGUAGCGAUCGAGCCGAAUAUUCCUUGCCAUGCCUGUCGUCCUUGCCUCACGGGACACUAUAACGGUUGUGAGAAUGUCCUGUUCCGUUCUACUCCUCCCGUCCCCGGCCUCUUACGGCGUUACAUUACCCACCCGGCCGUGUGGUGCCACAAACUCCCCGACACGAUGUCAUUCGAGGACGGGGCGCUCCUCGAGCCGCUGUCUGUGGCCCUCGCAGCGCUUGACAGGUCGAACCUGAGGUUGGGAGAUGCAGCGGUGAUCUGUGGUGCCGGCCCGAUUGGAUUGGUCUCGCUACUUUGUGCCAAAGCGGCUGGCGCUGAGCCUAUUGUCAUCACGGACAUCGAUCAGGGAAGGCUGGAUUUCGCGAAGCAGCUUGUUUCUGGGCAGCCGGGGACACUCAAGACUUUCCUCGUUGAGCGCGGGAAGACGGAAGAAGAGAAUGCGGCCGGGAUCAUCCAGGCACUUGGAGGCGUUGAACCAGAUGUCGCCUUAGAGUGCACAGGUGUGGAGUCUUCUAUCGGUGCUGCGAUUCAUGCGGUCAGGUUCGGUGGUACAGUCUUCGUCGUCGGCGUCGGGAAGAACGAGAUGAAGUUCCCGUUUAUGCGCCUUUCGACUAGAGAGGUCGACCUGAGGUUCCAAUAUCGAUAUGCCAAUACGUGGCCCAAGGCUAUCAGGCUGGUUAACUCGGGGUUGUUAGCACAGGUUCGGAAAUUGGUGACGCAUCGGUUUGUGAUCGAAGAUGCAGUGAAGGCGUUCGAGACAAGUGCGGAUAUAAAAAGCGGGGCUAUCAAGGUGGUGAUCACUAACCUAUGACAAAGAUCGCAUGAUUACUUUCUAGGGACUUGGAACGACGGGAGCAUCUGUAAACUUGAAUUGAAAAAUUAGAUCAGACUGUACCAUUCACGCAGAGGAGAUUUUGCACCU